GGCUGGCCAGUCAGGGGCCGAACGUCGCGACGCCCGGAUCGCGCCCUCCGAGAGAGAGAGCUUACGCGCCGCGCCGCCGUUCCCUUUUCUCUCUCUCUCUCUCUCUCUUUCUCUCUUCUUCUCUUCCUCUAUCUCUCUGUCCUGUCCGUACCUGCUUCUUCUUUUCCCUUAUCUUCCGUUCGUUAUUCCCUUCCGUACAACAACAACAACAACAACAACACAGGCUCGCAAUAUCUAAGCACUUGAUCUUCAUCGGAGGAGUUUUCAUCGAGUCCCCUUAGUUUUUCAUCAUUAGCCCCGAUGUCCAGCUGUGAGCGAGUAUACAUCACGAGGGACGGGACGGAUCCCCGUUUCUUUCGCGAAACGACGAUAUAAUCCCGUCGCUUCUUCUUCUUCUUCUUCUUCUUCUUCCGUAUAUAAAAUACCCAAUUGCAGCCGUCGAGAGAGUUAGAAAGAGCACACAAGACUGCGUGAAAUAAUGCAACUUACACGUGUCGGGCGGCAUAAUAAUGUCGAGCGGCGAUAAGGCUGCUGGUCCGGGCCUCACCAUCGAUCGCGCCGCCUUUCUUCUGCUACGCGUCAAGAAGGCCUUCAAGAAGAAGAAGCAGCAGCGCAAGGAAAAAUGUGCACCUGCGGGAGGAGAAUGCCAGAAGCAGGAAGCGGCCGGCGGCGGUGGCGUGGCGUACCAAAACAUCAGGGGCCAGUCGCGAGGCUCUGUCGCUGUUCAGGGCCAGACGAGCAGCAACGGGAAACCAGCGCCGCUCCUGCGCUCGCGCACCCUACCGGCCAUCGUUGCACCCGGCCUCAACAUUCUCCAGGCGCAGAUCGACGCUGGCUACGCGCAGACCAGCGGCGGCGCGAUCGCUGUGAUUCCACCGUACGGAUCGACGUCAACCUCGAGCUCAGCCAAUGGAGCGAAUCUCGGGAAGCGCGACAGCGCCGUCUCGAGCUACGGCAAGCUCCUCACGCCGAGGAUAUCCUUCACCGACGACGCCAUUGUCGAGCGACGGGUGUCGGACACAGGGCCGAGCUCUUACUACCGGGACGGACAGCAGCAGCAGCAGCAGCACAAAGGCGGCAGACUGAGCACUUGCAGCAUUGGGAGCUCGCAGCCGCUCGUCAAGCUCGCCAGGCUACUUAACCAGCGACCGAGCUUCACGCCGCCCAGCGAUGACAUACCGAGGAGACUCUCCUGGGAGAGACGCGACGGCAGCAGCAGCAGCGGCGGCGGCGGCGGCGGCGGCGGCGGCAGCUCGUGUUUACCGCGAAGCAGCAGCAUCGACAGCGUCGCCGAGUGGAGUCUACUGGGCGGCUCGUCUAUAGAGUGUCCUUCCGGUGUUUACGGCGCGGCUCUUGGAACUGGCAGCACCUAUGGCAUUUACGUGGAACAGUCGCCGCCUCGGAGGAGUCCCAGUCCCCUACUGGGCUCGCGGGGUGACAGACUCAGCCUCGUGUCGCCCAGCAUCGGCAGAAGGGUCAAGGGUCAUCGGGUCAUCCUUGAGCUGCACUCGCUACAAGGGAUGGAGUUCCUGGAGAGCUUCGGUAAGAAGAAACACCAGCUGCAGCAACAGCAGCAGCAGCAACGCAGCCAUCAGUACCAGCUCAUCAACCUGUCGUCGAUACACAUCAACAACCCUCUCACGGCACAACCAUCCCUCAACAUACACUUGCAUGCUCUGUUCGCGGCUGUGGAACACGGGCACAUCGACAAGGCGCGUGCCAUCCUCGAGUCGACCGACGUCAACGUUAACAGUGUAAACAGCGAUGGGCUUUCACCCCUGGACGUAGCGGUGCUGAGCAGCAACCGGCCGCUGGCGAAGAUGCUCGUGGCUUUCGGCGCCCAGGAGGGCAAUCAAUGUACGUCAUUUAUUCGCCCGCUUGCUCACUGCGUCAAGUCGCCGGAGACACUGGGAAGCCACCUGGCGUCUCUCCUCAGCGAAGCCGAGCACAGGGUCCAGGAGCUGGGCGGCCCGGGCAAUUCCGGGCCAGCUUCGUUGCUGGAACCGCCUUCCAGUCAGAGCCACAGGGCGAGCUUCUCGUCUCAACACAACAACCUCACCGGAUGCAGCGGAGGUGGCAGUGCCGAGGAUAAACAGCUGGCGCUAUGGGAGCGCAGAGCCAGGGCGCUCAGGAAAAUGUUGCUCGGAUUCAAUCAAGCGAGACCUCCGGAUAUGCCGUACCUGGUGACGGUCGAUGUGACGGGGAUCACCUCGGUGAUGGCCCGCUUUCAAGAGUCCGAAACCCAGGACGCGCCGAUUUGCACGAAAUUCAAGAUCCAGUGGAGCUUCAAGGAGGACUUUGCGAUGCUCUGCGGCGAACGAGAGCUUCUCGAUAUGAAGCAGAAGGAGUGCCGCAUCGAAGGUCUGCUACAAGGACACAGGUACUACUUCCGCGCGGCCGCCGGAAACCUCAAAGGCUACAGCAGGUUCAGGCCGACAACGCCGACGCAUCUUAUGCCGAGCAGUUGGCGCGACAUAGACGGCAGAAUGGCUCGUUUCGCCGGUCGUCUCGAACAACUGGACAAUUUGUUCACCGACGUUCGCGGCCCGGAGUACAGCCAAGAGACGCCGGCUGUACAAAGACGAAAUCACAAAAAGAAGACGACGAUCAAACAGCUGUUUACGGCGACGAGCAAGUUCCAGAAAAACUUGCGCCGUGGUGUCUUCCUCGCUUGCCUACUCUACCACGAGGACAAGGUGCUCGUGACCAAUGAAGAUUUUCUGCCUGUUAUCGAGGUCGACGAGACCUAUCCUAGCUGCAUCUACAACGACUUCCACUGGCUGAUGAAAGUCGCCUGCACUUGGGACGACGUCAAGUCCCUGCGCCAAGAUAUGGAGAAGAGUCACAGCAGCUCGACCAAUCACUUUAGGAUAAAGCUCCUACAGGCCGCAGCUCAGAUGCAGGCUGCACUUUGCAUUCAAGACCUGGGACAGUUGUACCACAAGCCCAUCCGAGAUGUACAGGGCACGCUGGUCUUCUCCUCGGUCAACUACGUGCGCUCGCCGAAACAGGUCUCGGUACUCAACAGCAGGUGGCUACCUCUUGCCAAGGUUACGAAAAAGCUCAUUACCCACGAGGACAGCAACGUCGCUGACUUCCUCAUGGCUAGUAUUCAGGAUCAAAUGGCCUACCAUCAGGCGAGCAGCAUCAAAUUGUCGAGAGGCCUCUACCUCGGCUACCUCAAGAUGCAGAGCAGCGUCGACUCUAUCCAGGUGCUGGUGCCUGCCAAAUCGCCCAACGUCUUGCCUCACUGCAAAGUUCGAGAUAACCCUCACGUUUCUGCCGAGGAAUGGGAGUACCUCAAGCGAAUGGGUCGUCUGCAAGCGUCUGGCGAAUUAUACCGCAAAGACGAGUGCGACGAUAGCGAGGAGAAGGAGAACGCUUCGAACGAACAGCAGGGCUCUGAACAGCAGAAGCUGUUUAUCGACGUUGUCGCGGCGACGGCCAAGCGACUCUUCAGCUACAUGGAAAUCAGUGCCGAGGAAUCGCUGGGUCACCGACUUUACGAUGCCGAGGUGAUCGAGCUCAGCCCCGAAGUCAGCUUUCUUGUUGCCGUUCCACCGGCAGAGAUAGCUUGCUCCGUACCCGGAGCCCGAGAAAUAUCCCUCCAGCGGUCGGACCUACUCUCGCUGCCCAUCCAGGUCUUCGAAAUGGUCCACCUGAAUACCUAUCAGAAGGACGUGAUUAAUCGAUACUCGAGGCUCAGCUGCAUCCUCGAACUCGAUACCGCCCAGGCACAGCACAACCAUCGCGAGGCCUUCAGCAGCUCCGAGCUCAGCAUCGCCAAAGACAAGCUCGCAAGGUUGCAGGAUCUGCAGUCGCAGAUGAACAGCGUCUGGAAAUCCGCCAGGUGGCUCAUCGAUCUCAUCACAUUUGCCAGGGAUCGAGGAACGUCUUCCAUAACCAGCAGCGGCAUCUGCGUUAGAUAUCUGUUAAGUUUGGAGCGCAACAAAGGCAAUAGCAACAGUUUAAAGCGCAGUCUACUCCAGUUGCCACCUCGUGAUCCAAAGCUUGUCAAAUCGAGUCCAGGCAGAGGUAGCUGGCCAGGGCCUAGUGUCGACCGAUCCGGUUGCUCGCAGACGAACCUGCUCUCGACCGAAUUGAGCAAAAGCGAGCAGCAGCUGCCUUUGGGCCCAUAUCCACGCAAGGGUAGCAACAGUUCCAACUGUUCGUCUGCCUCCGAGCCUUACAAGUCUGUAAGCGGAUGCGGCAGCGGUGGGGGCAGCAGCAAUAUCCACGGACCCGGAAGCAGUGGCAGUCUGUGCCCCGGGACGUCCAACUCCGCAACAGCGUUAGGAGGCUCUGCUAACAGUUGUAGGUUGCCUCCUUCCAAGUCCGAGGACACGCUUCAUCUCGGCAGCAAACAGUACAAGCAGAGCCCGAGGAACAGAUCUUCCGCCACGACAAGUCCGCUGCUCGGUGGCAGUAGCCAUGCAACGUCGGAAAGCUCGCAUUCGAUCAGCAGCGCCGACGAGUAUCCGACGACGAUUAAAACGAGUAACAGGUUACACAUAAGCAAACCUACGGCCAGCAUCGCUUCUAUCGCGAGCACCGAGAAGCAACCGCUUCAACAACUGCAGCAGUCAAAGCUUUCGCCGGAGGAUAAAGAAAUCGAGAACUGCACCAGAGCCUCUGCUAGCACGUCUGUCGCUCCUAUGCCUGGAAUUCUUCAGGUCUACGCAGCUUACGAAACAGGUCUGGCUUCGGGUACCAGUCUGAAGCUGCACGUUACUGGACGCACGACAGCCCGAGAGGUCGUAGAUCUCGUUGUCAAACAGCUAAACAUGGCGGUGCUAUUAAAGGGCCUCGAAGGCCCGGUCUACGCGCAGGAGGACCUCGCGAACUUUUGCCUCGUCGCAGUGAUAGGUGCCAGGGAACGCUGUCUGCGAGACGACUUCAAGCCUCUGCAGCUGCAGAAUCCGUGGAAGAAGGGUCGACUGUAUGUCAGGCAAAAGCAGGACGUGCUGGCGGCCCUCGAGCACAGCAGCAAGCACACGGCUUUCCUGUAAUCCGGUCUAAAGCUCUUCACGUUCCGCAUAAACGCGCGCGACUCCGCUUCACAGACGCUACACAGCCUAUGCACGCAGCGGCGCUUGAAUAUUUUUCGAAUGUUAGAUACUUUCGUAAGCGGUUAUUGAAUUAUAUAAUACUCAGAUGAAUAUUACGACCCGUUGAGUUAUAUUUUACGAGGAAACUGAAAAGAAAUUAAAUAUGAUCUCAGUGUGUUAGGAUGAUAUGGCUGUUUUAAUCGACUUAGCAAUUUAUGUAGAGAGAUCCCGCGUGUCUCUUAUGAUCCAUCUCUCGCUGUUUUUGACUUUACUACGAACGAACGUAAACGGCUACUAACUCCUAACGAACGACACACUCGUCUAGGUGUUAUAAAUAGCGUAAAGUCUAAGAUGAAGGUGCGACCAUGUGGGAAAUACAAAUAGACGUCAAUUGCAAAGCUUAUACACUUUGCUCGUUAAAUACUAAAAUAAAAUUCUAUGGUUAUAGUGAUGUUAAGACGGAGGGCAUAGGUAACCGACCGAUAGAUUCUGAGUCUCGGAAGAAAUGGUUGGUUUUCAAUGUCCUUCUCGUCGAGCUACUUAAAGCCGGAAUUCGAAAUCAUCAGUUUGAAAGUUUAUCGUUAAUUUAGAAAAUAGUAGCUCGAGGGGCGGGGAGUCUUCUGCGAAACAUCAAAGCUUUCGCCACGAGCUCUCUCGCUGAAGAGUGUUUUAAAGUAAAUAUUUAAAAAAAUACAAGUCGUGACACCAAAUUAUCAUUAAGCAAUCUACGAGUCUUAAUAAACUGCAUGUACGGAUAGAUAUCCAGAUCUUUUUAAAUGUUAGACACAACGAAAGUACCAAGUUCGAUUUGAGGUAUAUAGACAUACUGAAAAUCAAUCAGGGGGAGGAACUUAAGAAAAGAGAUUUUUAAAUUGAUUAAAUCAAAUUUUAUCUUUCUAAAAUAGAAAAGUAAGUUUUGAUUUAGUUCAAUCACUUAAAGGGGACCAUUAUAAAAUCGAACGCAUCGCCAAAGACAAGAUGUUUUAUAUCGAAUCUUGCGGCCCAUGUUAAAUUUUUAUGUAUUUUAACGAAUUCUAAAGAAAACAAAACAUGAAAGACGAUCAUGUCUCUCAGGUUCAUCUUCUUCUUCGCGACCCAUGAUACCGGAAAUCUGUUAAAGUUUUCGUAUGUUAUUUUCCGUACGCUAUACGAAAGAGUCGUUUAUUUUUUAUAUAACAAGGAUGUAUAUUUAGAAAAGAUGUCGGAAUAAUUUUUUCGAGUUUGCGCAAAUUAUUUUUAGCUACUCGUUUGGUAUAACUUUGACCACAUUUAGAGGCUGAUCGCGCGCACGCAGAGAGGCGAAUAUUUUUUUAUACGCUCGUUCAAUUUUUCGGGACAUUCGUUGUAAGUGUAAAAUAGACGAUCACACGCGCGGCGUGCAGCUCGUCACAUUAAAGAUGAUUAACUUCCGGAUUCCUUUGUAACUCAUCAGUCGUUUUUCUUUUUCAACAACAAAACCAAAAUUGAGGAGUGCAGCGUUGACAAGGAAGAAACUAUGUGAGAAAUCGAAAAUGCGAGAACGCAAUUAAUGUAGCGAGCUGCGCAGUCGCGGUAAGCAAUGCUCUAGUAUUUUCUGAGUGUUAAUCGAUGUUUGGAUGUAAAAUAUUUGCGUAGCCUAAGUGUUAUUUUAAAAAAAAAAAGGAGACUAGGGAGAGAAAAGAGAGCGAAAAGUUGUAUCGUGAACAAACGAAGCAGACUUUGGCUGAGAGUGACUGCGAACGCGCGAAACGUAGGGUACCAGGCGUCCAGAUAUCUUUAAGGAUACGAGCUUUUAAAAAGGGGAUUUGCCGUUAGAGUCCCGUUUUGUAUUAUAAAAUUAUAGAUAGAUAGAUCGAUAUAUUAUAUAUAUUAUAUAUAUUACGAGGUAAAGAAAGAGAUAAAAAAAAUACACUGUUUUCACUUAAGAGAGAUUUUAUGUCCAAGACAGUGAUGUAUAAGAGAAUUGUAAAAUUAUAUAUUUGAACGUGAGAGAACACAGCACGUUGUACCUUCGCUCGGGAGUGCAAGGGCUAAGAUUAACAAAUUUACAAUAAAUCCAUGCCAAUUUGUAUUAACUACUUGAAAGUGGGGCGAGGAACGAGAGAUAAUCGAAAGCGGGGAAAGGGAAGAGAGAAGGCGCGUCAACGCCUUUUUGCAACAAACGUGCAAUCGUUGCUGUCACAUUAAGCGAGCGGCUCUUACUUCUAUCGGUUAACUCGUAAACUAAACUAAAGGUAAACAAGAAAAAUAAAAACUAUUAGAUUUGAUGUUUGUAUGAUCGGAAAGUGUGUACGCGUGUCGCGGAUCGGCGACCGCAAUUAAUAUAAUAGCGAAAACUACAAAAAGAUAAAACACCACGAUAUACACCGAGAGAGAGAGAGAGAGAAAGAUGAAAAACUCUUCCUAUCCGUCAUAGAAUAUGAUCUCCGAGAAACGCUUACUACAUCAGAUGUGUACGUCGAAGAUGAAAACACAGAUAAAAAUUAAAACAACGACGAAAUGUCGCACGGAAUAAAGAUGACUAUUAAAAAAAGA